CAAUGCAGCGUGUGGCUAAUAUCAUUCGGAGAAAGUGAUAAUGUAAAUUACAUUCAGUCUUUUUUUCUUUUUUUAAAUUUUAUUAUGAUGAUAUAUAUAUAUGUCAAAUACCCUUUUAAUUUUAUUAGGAUUCAUCGGUGCUAGUGCGGAAGAAUGUCAACGAGCAGGAAAAUCACUCUGACAAGCUCCAACCGUGAGGCUUUCGAGGUUGAUGAAGUGGUGGCUUUGGAAUCGCAGAUGAUAAAGCAGAAGAUAGAGGACGGUGACGCCGACGAUGGAAUUCCUCUCCCUAAUGUGACCAGCAAGAUCCUUUUGAAGGUCAUCGAGUACUGCAAGAAGCACGUUGAGGCCACUGAGUCUGACGAUCUAGAGACCUGGGAUGCCGAGUUCGUCAAAGUUGAUCGGGCCACUCUUAUUGAUCUCACCAACGCUGCACACUAUCUCAAAAUCAAGAGCUUGGUGGAACUGACUUGCCAGACAUUUGCAGAUAAGAUUAGGGGCCAACCAACACAGGGGAUUCGCGAAACAUUCAACGUUGAGAAUGACUUUACUCCAGAAGAGCUGGAGGAGGUUCGUCGGGAGAAUAAGUGGGCUUUUGAGUGAAAAUUGUGUAAUUCGUCUUUUGUUUUUCUUUCUUUGGACAUGUGCUUGCUUAAAUUUGCUUGGUGAAGUGUUAAACAAUUGUUAUUUGGCUGUGGAAUUGCUUCAACCCCCUUUAUGUGACCUACUGUGAUGUCUUUUUGAAUCAUGUUAUUUAUGUUAAUGUAUGUUCUACC